UCUCUCAGGCCUGCACAGCAUAUGGUUGAGAAGCCAUGCUGCACAGCUUCAAGGUGGCAUGAAAGAGAGUGGUGGGGCUUGACACAGGUUCUCACUCACCGUGCCUGCACAAUCAUCCACUGAUGUCUCAUAGUGAAUGUGUGAGACUACGAUAAAGGAAUUCCACCCUGUUGGAGCAACAAUGACAUCCCAUGUGAAACUCAGAAAGGACAAAAUUGGUACAGUGGACUAUGACACACAGAUCAAAGAGGUGCGUUCCCAGCUCGUGGACCAGCUGAAGGUGCUGGACUUGCAGCUGGAGCUGAAGAGCCAGCAGCUGCAGGACCUGACCGACUAUCUGCGGCGACGGGCGGAGAUUGAAGGCGAGUACGCCCGCUCCCUGGACAAACUGGCUGAGAGGUUCUCUUCCAGAAUCAAGAGGAAGGAGCCCAGUGGCCAAUCAGUGGCUCAGGUCUGGUUGGCUCUUCUGUCCCAGACCCGGCAGGAGAGCAAGGACCACAGCGGACUGAGUGACAGCUGCAGUAACUUCCUCAUUCAGCCUCUCACACACUGUCUGGAGUACACGCAGCGCUUGGCCAGGAAGAGCAAAGACAUCUGUACCCAGUUACAAGAUGGACUUCUGAGGGUCACCACAGAGCUGCAGACCACAUGGAGGACGUACUACCAGUACCACUCAGAAUAUGUGUCUGCAGACGGGAAGCUGAAAGAAGCAGAGAAACUAGAAGAAAAGCAGAAGCAGAGUGCUGCCAAGAAACUCGAGAGGUUGAUAGAAAAAAGACAGCGUAAGGUCAAAGAGAUCCACCUGCAGUGUAGCAAGGCCCGAAACGAGUACCUCCUGAACCUGGCUGCAGCCAACACGUCCAUGAAUAAGUACUACCUCCAAGACAUUUCCACUCUCAUAGAUUGUUCAGAUGCAGGGUACCACCUCACCCUGGGCCGGGUGAUGCGGGCCUACCUGUCCAGUCGCUGGCGGGUCCAGCAGAACCUGGGCACAGGGCUGCAGCAGCUCCAAGGGACCGUGGCUGAACUGGACCAGAACCAGGACAGGGACAUUCUCCUGCAGGACCACAACAACACUUUUUGUAUGCCCGUUCGCUUCCAGUACCAGCCCCAUGACGGCGACCAGGUGUCUGAGGUCAGUGCGGAGUGUGAAAUGAGGUGUGAUCUGGAGACCAGGUUCAAGCAGAUUCAGACCAGACUGACAGCGGUCACCCAGGAAACAGAGGAGGCCAGUAGGAGCUUGAAGGCAGCCUGCUCUUCGCUGUUGGAGAGUGUCAGUGAUGAUGACCUCGAGCUCGGCAGUGGCAGCGGUCUGCCUCAGGAGGGCAGCACCGAGAACCUGGCCAGCAAAUCCAGCAUAGCCCGCCGCAGAGCCAACCAGCAGGAAAUAGAAAACCUCUACCUCACUAAAGUAAAAGAGUACCUGGUUGGCAGUUCUCUUGUAUCAAAGCUGCAAGCCAAGCAUGAUCUGCUGAAAGUUGCUGUGGAAAAAGCUGAAGCAACAAAUGGUCAUCAGCCCAGGUACAACACAAAGUCUGUCCGCGUGAGGAAAAAUCACUCAAGUGCCAGUUUGACUCACAACCAAAAACUCUUCAGUGGAGACAUGCUGUCCUUCAUACAGGCAUCAGGACAGCAGAUUCCACUCGUUGUGGAAAGCUGUGUUCGCUUCAUUAACCUCAAUGGUCUCCACCAUGAGGGGAUAUUUCGGGUGCCAGGGUCUCAGAUGGAAGUCAACAACCUGAGGGAUGCAUUUGAGAGAGGAGAGGACCCCCUGGCCGAGAGGAGCUACGACCUGGACUCAGUGGCUGGAGUGCUGAAGCUCUACUUCAGAGGCCUGGAGAAUCCCCUCUUCCCCAUCGACAGCACCAACCAGCUGCUGGAGUGUGCCCAAACAGAGAACGAGGCCAACAGAGCAGCUCAGCUCAAAACGGUCGUCUCCUCCUACCCGGCGCCUGUCAUUAUUGUCAUGAGAUACCUCUUUGCAUUCCUUCAUCAUGUGUCGCAGUACAGUGACGAGAACAUGAUGCAGCCUUACAACCUGGCUGUGUGCUUUGGCCCCAGUCUGAUAAGAGGGGCGCGCGACGAUGACGUGGUCACCCUGCAGGCUCAGAUCAAUGCCCUCGUGAAGAGCAUCAUCCUCCUGCAUGAAAACAUCUUCCCGAGCCAGACUGAGGUGGAGGGGCCUGUGUAUGAGAAAUGCAUGACACUGGAGCAGGAUGACUGUGAGCCGAUCAUCGAGGAGGGAGACGGGGAGUCAGAGUACGCCCAAAUUAAAGAUGUGAUCUGUGCUGCAGACGUGGAAACUGGAUCCUCAGCUGACCACAGCACCAGCUUAUCUGCAGCAUCGACACAGAAAAAAGGAGUGCGCUCUCGGGCCAACAGCAGAAGUACCCCUGACCAAAGUGGCGUCAGGUCUGGGCCAGCAGGGGGCAGCGUCACUCCAGGUGCAAAGUUCAUGCUCCAGCUUCCCAAAGGGCCACAGGGCAGGCCGCUGAGGACCGGCUCUCCUGGCUUUGCACGCAGAGAGUGGCAGGACCACUCAGCCUCUGAGGACGGCACUGUUCAAGUCGACAAGGAGGUUUGCCGCCAGAUGGACUCUGUCUUCAAGGAGCUCCUCUCUCGACAAGUGCAGCAGGAACCCUCGCCUGCCGCCUCCUCUCCCUCUGCCCAACCCACCCAGGGGAAAGGAAAGCGCGAGGGACGAAGGGGGAGAUGAGCAGUGCUGUUUGUGGCAGCACUGGACUGAUAACAGACUGGGAUUAAUGAUGAGAUGAGAGAAUGCAGGUGUAGGGUGAUGCACAGCGACAGACGUUAUCGGUACAUUCAUUUCUGCAGGGCUGAGAUCGCUGACCCAGGGCCUCUCUGUGGAGACAGCAGCUCUGAACGGGCGUCUCUCCACGGGGCGGCUUCCUUCUCCGAGGCCUUUGUGUUAGCGUUGUAAAGCACAGCCGUGUGGCCACUGCACACAUCACAGUGCAAUGUGUAAGACUACUUGAAAUGGAUUGAUGUGUUCUUGUAUGGCUGAAUGUAGUGAUGCAGAUUGAUGUGUGUGUGUAUUCAUGUGUCUGUUAAUGUCUCAAUAUUAAACUGUGUCCAGUUUACACCAAAAUCUUACAGUAAUUGCAAUUAUUUAACAAUAUAGUUUUCUUAAAGGGCCUUAAAUUUCCCUAUUACCGCCCCUCCUCUGUCUUACUCACACACACACGCACACAUACAUACACACAGAGAGACACACACACACACACACAAAUGCUUCAUGAAAUGUUUGAAUAAACUAGAGGGAGUCACUAAGACAGAAAAACUGUGAAUUCAGUAGCUGUAAUGAAUUUCUAUUCGUCUGUCAUAGAUACAUAUUUUUAUCUUGUUUCACAAAAUUGAUAUUUUUCUGUAUAUCCGGGUUCUAUGGCAAAUAAAUAAUUUGAAUAUUCUGA